UUUUACUUAACAAAUAAUAUUUAUUUUAGAUAAGCAAUUAAUUCUAAAAAAUACAAAAUAUUGAAAUGCCUGAUAACAGAAAUAUAGCUCUAGCAUGGUGUGUAGUUUCUCUACCUCUUGCAUUAGGGGUUAUUAUAGAAGUUUAUUAAUACUUUUUGACAUGGCGCUACAUUAAAAAGAAAUAUUCGCACAAGAAAUACAAUUAUUUGAAGAUUCAUUUAAAUUAAAUGUAUCAAGAUUCAAUAUUUAGAUUUUUAGAUCCCAAAUCUUCCAAUUAAGUACAAUAAGAAAAUGAAGACUCUAGUUAAGAUAGUGAAAAUGAAAGCAAUGAAGAGGAUUAAAUAUACACUAAGUACCCAGAUACAGGGUAAAGUUGCUUUGCUUAGUAGAACAGCAAAAUUAACAGAGAUCAGCUAUCUUCAGCUGGCGAAUUGAGUGAAUAAUUAAUAAGAUAAAAUGAGUAAUAAGAUAACAAUGAUAACAAUAAUAAUGAUUAGCAGCAAUAAAGUUGGUGUAAUAGUAUUUAAAUUGGCAAAAUUUUAUUCUUCACAACUUACUUCUCAAAUAUAUUGACAGUUCCUCUUAUUUAUAGUCUUACUCUUAUUAAAGAUACUCAAAAAGAGUAAGAAGAAUAUUAUCAAUUUAUUCUUUAAGCUCUCGCUUUGAUGUUUUUGCAUUUUUUGCUUAAUUUUACAAUGUUUUUAUAUGGAAGUAUAAUAACUGGAUAGGGUAUUUUGCUGUUAAUUUAUUUGAGAUAAUAAGAAAAUUAGAUUAAGACUUACAUCUAGAGUUGCAUUUAUCGCUCUUUCUGUUUUUCUAUUAUAUUUUUGACUGCUUAGAUAUUUUUGUUUGCACUCAUGCUGGUUUAAGGCCAUUAUAUUAUUGAAUAUUUAUAAAAAUGUCCUCUUAUAUUAAUUGGCAGAUACUUAGCUUCAUUCUAUAUAUCACAAACAUUGAACAGCUCUUUUUCCAAUCAAAAAAUAUUUAAAAAGAAAAGAUUAAUGUCACUCUAUAACAAAUACUACACAAAGUAUUACAACGAAUAAAAAUUAAAUGAAGAGUUGACUAAAAAAAUAGGGCAAUUCCCCACUUCAUAACAAACAAAGCAGUUUUUAUCUUACAAACAAAAAUAAGCUAUAUAAUAUCUCGAAAAAAUGGAAAAAAAUCUCACAGAAAAUAAAGAUUUUAAGUUAGACCAGAUCUUAACUAAUAAGCACUUGAAUAUACAAUUAUAUAUAACUGUUCUUUACAAAUUCAUAUUCACCUAUUUUUAAUUAGGUUUAAUGGGCAUUGCUAUUUAUUUUUUGUGGCUUUAAAUUCCAUUUUCUGCAUAUGAUUAUUUAAGUGCUCACGAUUAUUCAUUAAAUGGUAACUAAUUUUAAAAUAUUUAAGAGAUACAAAAUGACUAUUAUAAAGCUCACUACUUAAAUAAUUCUAAUUCAUGUUUUCAAGGUGAUUUUUUUUUAGAAUCUGAUUCUGGUGCUUUACUUGUCUUUAAUAUUUUCAUAUUACUUUAAGCUCUUCUCAUGACUCUAGUUAGGUUUAGCUUAAAAACCAAAUUUAUUCUUAAUGAAAAUACUCGUAAUCGUCUAAUAUAGUGAUAGUUUCUAUUCAUGUUUAUUUAUGAUGUUAACUUUAAAAAAUAAAUUAAAAUAU